CUCUUUGAGAGGAACAGCACCAAGGAAGGACCUUCUGAAGGUGGUCUACCCGUCUAACCUCCAGCUCUUUGAGAGGAACAGCACCAAGUACCUUCUGAAGGUGGUCUACCUGUCUAACCUCCAGCUCUUUGAGAGGAACAGCACCAAGGAAGGACCUUCUGAAGGUGGUCUACCGCCUAACCUCCAGCUCUUUGAGAGGAAGAGCACCAAGACGGAGAGGGAUCCAGGGUCCUCUCCUUCAACUGACUCUGAGUCUAACCCGGUCACUAAGAUCGUCUGGAGUUCAGUCAAGCCUCUCUUCAUGGGGAAGAUCCUCUACGCUCCAGACUCCCCAGCCAUCAGACUGAUACUAAAGAGUGCCAACACUACGUUUGAGGAGCUGGAGCGUCUGAUGACCAUGGGAAAGGCCUGGGAGGAGGUGGGACCUCAAAUCUGGAGGUUCUUCAACGCUGGCAUACAGAUAAACAUGAUCAGGGACACCAUCAGAAACCCCACGGUAGCAGACCUAAUAGACAGGAGUAUGGAGGACACUGAGUUCUCCUCUAAAGACAUCCUCAACUUCCUGUACAACGGGUUGGAGGAGGACAGAGAAGAGACCAUGCCCAGCUUCGACUGGAGGAACGUCUUCAACCUCACAGACCAGGCCGUCCGCAUGUUCAACCAGUACGGAGAG